CUGAUCCUCAGCACGCUAGGCAAGCUGAAAAUAAGCUAGAAACAAACUGUUUACAAAAAAGAUUUGAAGUUUACAAUAUAUUAGAAAAGUCAAUUAAGCUCCUUCCGUUUAUGCCAACCCACGCCAUCGUUAAGCCUUACGGAAAUUCCCAACUUCCAUCUACAGCUUAAACCCAUCGCACAAAUACUGAAUAGUGAAACGGUAUAAGCCAAUUUAAUAAUAUGUAAACCUAUGCCUACCUAUGCCUACCUAGGUAGUUAUACACAUUGGCAUAGGAUUUUCAUCAAUCAUGGAUCCAAUCAUAACUUCUCAUUGGCCGUACAAGCCAGUAGAUUCUAUUUUGGUGAUACUGCCGAGCCAGAUGGAAUGUCUUAGUGGAUGCAGUUAGAUGCCAGGAGGCUCAAAGACGAAGAUGGAGUGACCAGACUAUUCGACAUGUAUAAUAUAUAAAGGUCUCACAUCGUCCUCCGUUACCUCAAACACAAUCAACAGCCAACAGCCAACACCCAAAGGCAUCUUUCAAUCAUUUCUAAAUAUCACAUUCAUUUCGAAACGUCUUCACAAUGAAGCCAAUUACGUUCCUUACCACCGCUCUUUUCCUCUCCCUAGGGAGCUCUCUAGUCGUCCCAGUCCAGGACAUCGUCGAGAUCGGCGAUCUAGAAGACUCCAUCGACAUCCGGGAGAUCGAGGCAAUACUUGAGGACCGCUCCCUCGAGGACCGCGCCGUCAUCCCCAAGUUCACCUACCGCGGCUUCCCCCGCAGCGCCACCUGCGCCAAGACCACCUACACCACGGCGCGGAUGCACGACGCCGGCGAGCAGGCCGGCAAGCUCGAGACCCGCAACAAGAAGAUCGGCAACGGGAAGUACCCCCACGUCUUCCACAACCGCGGCAAGGAGAUCAAGAACUUCGAGGCCAAGUGCAAGGGCCCGCUCUACGAGUUCCCCAUCCUCCAGAACAAGAAGGUCUACACCGGCGCCCGCCCCGACGACCCAGGCCCAGACCGCGUCGUCGUCAACGUCUCCGCCAAGAACAAGAAGACCGGGAAGGUCGACGUUACCUUCUGCGGCUUGAUGACCCACACCGGCGCCAGGAACAGGAGCUCCUUCGUCCAGUGCCACUGGAAGUAAGCGAGGCGCUGAUUUCGAGGCAUUGGUUCUCGGACUUGUUGGUUGGUAGAGUGGAGAGUUAAGGGGUGGCUUGCGGGUUCAGGCAGAUCGUUAGGAACGUGUAUAUAUGACGACCUAUCAGCGAUAGGAUUUACAUAGCCCGGGUGGUUUUUUUGGUUCAAUAGCCCAGGCAGGUUUAUGGCCCAGGUGGUUCGGCUAUCCUGGUGGUGAUUACCACGUGGAAGCCUUUAGCAUGUAUAAAUGGAGGGUUCGGUCGCAUGUAGCUUAGCAUAGGGACAGGCGUUUAUAGACUCACUCUUCUGCAUA